AGCAGAAACAAGUGCUGGUUCAGCAUAUGGAAGAGCAUAAAGAUUUCGCUCAUGACAGAUUUGUGUCAGAUCACGGUGCGCGAAGUCUUAAUGAACAGUGGAGCUCUCUAGCUGCUAUUUUAAAUGCCGUUGGUGGAGCAGUUAAAGAUGCCAAUGGUUGGAAGAAGGCAUGGGUCAACAUGAAAUCCAAAAGCAAGAAGAAAUUACAGGACUAUAAACAUGCAAUGGGACUGACUGGAAAUGCGUCCGUUGGCAUUAAGGAUUUAACUGAUCUAGAUAAACGGAUUAUUGCAGUAAUGCAUCCAGUAGCGGUGCAAGGCAUGGAAGAUGUCUGCGAGCCAGCAAUGCACUUUGAAAGUGACAUUUCAGGUUGUUAUGAUUUAGAGUGCCUUGAGGAGGGAAAGGAACUGCCAAGCGGUUCAGGUCCAUCUGUUGGGGGUAACGAUGAGGGUUGUGUGCCUAUUCGACCUAUUCGUCCAGCCAAGCGACGAAAGCGAAAUCCCUCAUUAGAACAGACCAACCAAAAGUUCGUCGAGUUAGAGGAGAAAAGGUUGAGGCUUGAGGAGCGUCGACUUGAGCUGGAGGAAAGAAAGCUCAAACAAGAGAAGGAGAUUGCGGACGAACGCGUGCAGGCCACUAAAGAGCAUACAGAUGCUAUAAAACUGUUAGCGGAUGCAAUUAAUAAUUUUAAUACAUAGAAUAGAAUUAAUGUAAGCUUCUUAUGGUGGAUAGGCCUACUGGGGAACCAGCCAAAUAAAAUAAUUUGGUUAACGCAUUAUGUGCAAUACCUCAGGGGUGAUGUGGAAAUUUGCGCUUUUUUAUUAAUAAAAUAAUUGUUUAUUUUUAAGGUUUU